AUGGAAGCACUCUCUCAAAAAUCAGCCCACCUUCGUAAGCACAAAACCGUGUCCAACAUUUCUGAAGAGCAGCUUCAACAGUACAUCUUUGAUGCAUUGGAAGGUGUUCAUUUGCCAUUAAAACCUUCCACAUCACAAGCCUCCUCCAAACAAAGAAAGGUUAAAAGCAAAGAAACCCACAAAGGACCAUCCAUGAUUGUGGUUCCCUGUGAUAGAUUGGAUCCCCAAGAUAUUCUGUUUCUCCUCGAAAUCUAUGCAAACUCAGAUUGUGACAAAGCUGAACUUUUGUUCUAUUCAUUGAAGAACAAACACUGA